CACUUCGUUUGGGGCUCGCUUCGGUCGUUUCGUAUGUUCGGCUCUCGUUCGUUCGCUUGUUCGUUCGUUUUUAUUCUUUUUGUUCUUCUGCCUUGUGUUGAUUUUAUAGCACACUCUCAGUGCUGAGGCCUAACUGAAGCUUUAUAUUCCUGUCGCAGACGCGCUAUCGCAUCAGUUUCGUUUAAACGCUCGACAAGGCGAGUUGUGCAGCAGCAGCAGCAGCAGCGGCGGCAGCAACAGCAGCAGCAGCGAGCAGCGGCAGCAGCAGCAACAGCAACAUUUGAAAGAACAUAGUCAGAAUCACAAUUCUCAAAUAAAAUAUCAAAAUACACAGAAGCAAAGAGCUCGACAACAACAACUUUUAAAACUCAUCCAAAACUCGAAAACAUCUUCGCAAUAUAUCUUCCUCUUUGUAAAUUAUUCGCAAUUAAUGUUCAUGUUGCUCACAAAUUAAAACCAAUCAACAACAUCAACAUCAACAAUAAUAACAAACAACAAAUAGUGAGAACAACAUUUACAUUUAUCAGAGAGACUUUGCUAUCAACAACUCUUUUUUUUUAUUGUUUGUUCGUUCAACACUAAAGUGCAAGUGCAGUGCUGAAGAUCUACCAAAAAUAAAAAAAAACAACAAUUCAAAAUACUUUAGACCACGAAAUCAAAACAAAAGACAACCAUACAAAACAAUUUGGAAAAUUUUAAUUGAAACGAAACAAAAACCGAAAAGAAAAAUCAAAAUCAAUUCAUAAGGAAAGAAAGAAAACACAAAAUAUAAGAAAACAAAUCCUUUAUAUUUUCAUAUCUCACAAUUUGAUUUGUGUGUCAGUCUUAUUUUUUUUCGGUGUAAGAAUUUUUUGAUUGUUUAUCGCACAAAAUGUGCACAAAAUUCUCAUCGGAUUCGAACGACUGAAAAGUGCGUCGUUCUCAGGACAAUUUUCUGCUUGUGAGAAGGAAAAACAAUACGAGAGCAACAAUAGCAGCAGCAACAACAACAGCAGCAGCAGCAGCAACGACAACUUUAGUUGUUGUCGAGCGUUGGCGACGCGCAGCCAACGCUUUGACCCACAACAACGACAACAACAACAACAGUCACAGCAAGGACAUCAAGGACAAACGCACCAACUUUGUGAAGUUUUUUUCUGUGCAAAGAUCGUUUCGAAAGACAAACAAAUCAAAACCAAACAAAGAAAAUCUAACAACAUUUGCAGCAAAUCAUCGAAAUGGAAUUGAGCAUCGCAAUUUUGAAGCAUUUAGCCAACUACAACAACAGCAACAACAACAACUAUUACAACUGCAGCAGCAACAACAAAUCUACAGAGUGUUAUAAAAAACAGUUCUUUAGCAGCUACAACAAAAACAACGACAAACAGCGACAGACAACAACCAACAGCAACGGCAACGGCAACAGUAAAAACAGCAGCAGCAACCAUAGCACAACGAUUGCAGAAACAACUGCAACUUCAGCAACAUCAACAAUAUUUAUCAACAACCAAAGCGACAAAGCGUCAACAGCAGCAGCAGCAGCAGCAAUAACAACUGCAACCAUUGCUCACAACGCUGAAGCAACCGUCCAAAAAGCAGCUGUCAGUCCAUUCAACAGCAGCAGCAGCAGCAGCAACAACAACCACAGCAGUAGCAGCAACCAGAACAACAACUAGACAGCAGUAACAAUUACAAACAAAAAUAACAACUAAAAUCAAAAUCAACAGAUUCAGACAACAAUAGAGUGACAUAUUCCUAACAAGCAACCAUCGAUUAACAAUCAAUCAAUCUACAGCAACAGCA